UCGAUUAUAUAAAUACCCUUUCCAAAUCCGCAUAAAAACGUCUCUCUUCCCUUCCUCUGGGGGAAAUUGUUGAGAGCACUCGGAACAAUUUUCAGAGAGCGAGAGAGAGACAGCCAUUUCUCUGCUGCCAAAAAACCCAUACCUAUCUGUGGCUUUCUUGCAUUAACAGUUGUGGUUUGAAGACUGUAUAUUAAGAACUGUGUUUGCACCUGCCAAGACUUGGAAAUAGAUUCCGGAUUUUCACAAGGAACUGAGGGUUUCUUUGCUACAAGGCCUUUACUAAGAACUUCAGCCUUUGUUGAGAAACCUUGUAAACAGAAUCGGGGCUAUUUGAUUGUUCAUUGAAAUAAACUUCAGCAUUUGAGCCUUGGCAAUAUUAUCGUCCUGCAUUGACCUAUUGAUACAUAUCUUUCUAUUUCUGGAGACCAUUUGGGUUUAAGAGGGUACUGUAUGAUGAUUUUCUGUUGAAGGAAUAGGGUUUGAUUUUCAAGCUGGAAAUGAGUGUAGGGACAUGGUGAAUGGGCAGGGGCAUAGCUUCAGGUCGGUUCCUGUGUUGGAACAUCGGUGCAUUGAACUAGGAGAAGUUUUUUUGUCAGUGGAAGGUUCCCAACUUGCCCUCUGCAGGAUCGAGUGCGAUGUCUCGCUGCUUUCCAUUUCCUCCACCGGGAUAUGAAAAGAAGAUUACAAUUGAUGCUACUGGCCUUCUGAAAGAGGAGAAACGCACGGAUAAAAGACGUAAGAAGGAUAAAGAAAAGAGAAAUAGGGACAAAGACAGCAGCAGGGAAAAAAAAGAGGAAAAAAAGGAGCGCAAGGAGAAACACAAGAAUAAGGAUAGGAAUAGAAGAGAUAAACAAGAAGACCAGAUUUCCAAUGAGAAGAUAAAUGGAGAACAAGGGUGUUCUGGUGCAGAAAAUCUUGGUCCAAAGAGUUUACAGAAUAAUGGGAUUAGGGAUUUUAAAUAUGUGCAAGAGUUGGCCAGAAGGACAGGGGAUGCGGACCGAGCAGCAGGAAGCCAAAUGGUUCCGAAGAUUGAUGCUGCAAAAAAGAGAAAAGCUGAACAAUUGGCAGCACCAGCAGAGAACACCUAUGGCAAUCAUACUGAAGAAAAAGGAAAACCGAAGGAUAAGAUGGGAGAAGGGGGGAGGGUCAGUGGUGGUAGGUACCAUUUUGAGGCAAGGUGUCUGGAAAAUGCAAAUGGAGAAAACCUUUUGGGAGUGGAUCAGAGAAGAUUUGAAGGAAUCUCGGCAUCAAAGGAGAAUAAUUUGGAGCAGCAUGUGGAUGGAAAGAACAAGAAGAACAACAAAGAAAGUGGUAAGAGUGAUAAACAGAAGGAUAUACCUCAAGAGAAAACAAGAACACCAAUGAAUGAAAAUUGGGAGAAAGAAAAGAAGAGAGAGGAGAAAGCAAAGGAGGUAAAGGAGCUAAGUAAUGGCCAUCUUAAAUUAAAAGAAAACAGUGUUAGAUUAAAAGAAAGUGGUAAGGACUCUGUAGAUUCAUGCAAUUUUAAGCCACCAGGCCUUUUGAAGAGGAGUGGUAAUAGUUCUGUUGGCGAGGAAAAUGUUGGCAAACGUAAAGAUGUUGAGUUGAAUGGAUUUUUACAUGGGAAUGGAUUUCAGUCUAAUAAGUUUCCGAGACCUAUGUCUUUUUACUCAGCUGUAGGAAAUGGAAAGAAAUUGGAACCAUACGAAACUGCUUUCCGGCUGACAUCUGAGAAGCAGGGGCCAGUCCAUAGCCAAAGAGUGGAUGUUAAGGAACAUAGAAUUAAUGGUGUGGUAAAGGAUCAAGGACCCGAUGCUUGCUCAACAAGGUCUUCAUCUGCUGUUGUAGCAGUACAUGGCAAUGGUGAUGCAUCUGUAAAGCCACCACAUCCUGAUUCCAAGUAUUUGAGUCGGAUAUUUGCUGUGCCCAAAAUGGAGUGGUCUGAUUUUGAUGAUCAGGAAUGGCUGUUUAGCAGUGAUUAUCUACCGUCAAAGAAGCCCAAAGUGGCUUGUAAUUUGGUUGAUAGGACACCCCAAGUGUGGGCAGAUGCUCUAAAGAUAAAUUCUGCUGAUGUUACCGCGCUGCCAUAUGUCAUUCCAUACUAAUUCAUAUUGAAUGGCUUUGAUUUUCCCAUAGUAACAUCCUUACAAUCUUCCAGGCAGGUACUCCAGAAUCUGGGUCUCGACGGCAUUGUUUUGUUAUCCCACCGUGUUUUUUGUUUGCCACUAUUAGUUCUUAGGACACAUUGCUGAUUAGUUCUGAUUUCUGUUGGAGUAAGUUCUACUGGUUUCUGGAUUCCUUGUCCUGAAGGUGAUUAUUUUGAGUUCUGAUUAUGAUGCCAUGCAUAUUUCCAGGAACUUUAAGAGGAGUUUUGACGUUCUCGCUAUCUUUUUGAAUGGACCAAGUCUGGGUCUCAAUGCAGAAGCUAUUUUCCAAUGAAAGUGGACCUGUUGAUUCUCCAAGUGUUGAGAUGGUGAAAUUUGUGCUUUAUUAGCCGUGCUGUAACUUAUAGAAUUAGGAUUAUUCUGGCCUUUGUUGCACCAGAAAUUUUGUCAUAUUUCAUGGAAGGAUGAAAUGGAAGAGACCCAUGUAAAUUAAGGACUGAAUGAAUGAGAUUCUACGUAAAUUAUAAGGCAUUCGAGGGCAGGGCAUUUUUGAUGAUU